UCCAUUUUAGUUUAGGAAAGUUUCCAUUUCUUAUUUUAGAAAGCUUCUAUUUUCAGGUCUUUGGAAUAAAUAAGCUGAAUUGAGUUCAUAAAUGGAAAGAGAAGCUUCAUGAAGAUGACAUGGCAAUGAGAUAAUAUUGGGAGACUUAAGAGUUGUUGCCGUGAAAUCCAAGAAGAAAAGAAGGAAAGUUGGCGUGAGAAGAGGGAAACAAGGUGACAACGUGGAAAUUAAGUUGAUUGAUUGAGAAUUUCAAGUGGAAUCAAUCAAGGGAGAUUUUUAUGGAAGGAAAUAUUCUUGGAAGAGAUAAUUUUGUGUGAUUACCGUGAUAUGCUAAGAGAGAAAGGAGGAAAUGACGUGGAAAAUCAGAAAAUAUAAAGAGAUUUCAAUUGUAGGAAAUCAAGGGAGAGUUUUAAGGAAGGAUAAAGGUUCAAAACAAGGCUAGGUUCAUUCCCUACUUUCUCUAAAUUCAUUUUGGCCGAAAUUGGUGAAGCAAUAAAUCAGCAUUUAUUCAUGAUAUUUCGGCAACUUCUCUCUCCUAAGAUAUUCUUGGCCGAAAUUAAUGAGAAAAAUCAGAAAAUCCUUAUUUAAUUUCGGCAAGGAUAUAUAUUAAAGGAAUUUAGGGAAUUAAUGGAGGGUUUUGAUUGGUGGGAUGACACACUAAAGCUUACUUGGCAUUCUACGAUUGGUUGGACCACAUCACAAAGCUUACUUGGCGAGCUAUCAUUGGUCGAAGCUAUGUGGAAAAUUCUGAUUGAUUGGAGAGCCUUGGCCGUUCCCUAUAUAUACCUCCUAUUCUUGACGUUAAGGAGGUUCCACACUCCAUAAUUUUCAGAAAUACUCUCUCCAUAAACGUCCUCUCCUCCAUUCUCUAGUUCGGGUUCUACAAUUUCAAGCAAGGGAGGAAGAAGGAAGAAGAAACCGUGAGCAUCCCCUCCAUAAUCCACCUUGAAGCCGUGAGCUUUGAAUAUUGCUUCCAAGAUUCAGAGUUCAUCAAUUCGAGUUCAUCAUCACCAUCUCCAUUCACGGUGUUUCCAUGAAUGUCCAAGCCUUCUAAAAUCCCUAGUGCACGAGAGAUUGAAGAAAGACUUGCAUGUUUGCAGAACCCUCCACAACUUGAAUACAGAAGACCUUCUCCUUUGCGAUUCAAGCCAUACACAUUUAAUGAGCAAGGGAAGAGAAUCUUAGAUCCUUCAGAGGAAUCGACAUCACCUACACCAACUCCAUCUCCACCAUUACUUACACCAUCACCUUUGGUCUCGCCCAACUUACCAUCACCCCAAAUCACACCACCCCUUUCACCUGAACCACCACUUUCACCACCCCCUGAAGAAGAAGAGGAAGAGGAAAUGGGUGGAAACGCAAAUCAAUCAAUUAGGGAACUUUCCUCAUCAGUGGUCCAAGGAGGACUUCCCACAAGUAUUGUGUACCCUGCCCCUGCUGCAGGGAGGACUGCAGACUUUGAGCUCAAGAGUGGGCUACUUCAUAGGCUCCCUAUGUUCCAUGACCUUAGUAUGGAGGACGCUAACAAGCAUAUCCGAGAAUUCCAGUCGGUGUGUACAACCAUGCAACCACUAGGAUCAGAUGAAAACAUCCUCAAGAUGAAGGCCUUCCCUUUUUCCUUAGCUGACCGAGCCAAAGAUUGGCUAUAUGAGCUUCCACCUGGGCGCAUCACAUCAUGGGACGCUAUGAUGAAGGCCUUCUUGGAGAAAUACUUCCUAACUUCCAAGGUCAUUACGCUCAGGAAAAAGAUAAGUGGAAUAAAACAAGCUCAAGAUGAAUCAUAUGCUGCUUAUUAUGAGAGUAAUGCCCCGUGA